AUGACACGUUCAACAGAAACCCCAGAGAUCGCCAUUGUCGGUGGCGGCAUCGUAGGCCUUGUCCUGGCCGCGGGUCUCACUCGUCGUGGGGUGCAGGUAAAGUUGUUUGAACAAGCACGCAACUUUCGCGAGAUAGGCGCUGGGAUAGGAUUUACACGUAACACUGUCAACUGCAUGGAAAAGAUCAGCCCAGGUAUAGUGCGCGCGCUGCGAUCUGGAGGCUCCGUCAAUGUGUCCUUGGACCAGACGGACCCGAAAGCGUACCUGCGGUAUAUCAAUGGGUACGGGAUACAGCGCGAAGACGACCCGAUGUACCAAAAGCCGUUGCUCAGACUGGAUGCGGGCGUCAAGGGGUGGGAGACUGUACGUCGAGACCAGUUUCUAGAUGACUUGGUCAAAGAAAUUCCAGAGGGAGUGAUUCACCUCCAAAAGAAACUGAGCAUGAUUGUGGAUGAGGAGGAUCGGGAUAAGGUUGUGCUGCAGUUCACCGAUGGGACUAGUGUCCAGGCAGAUGCUGUCAUCGCUACCGACGGUAUCAAAUCUACUGCGCGAAGACUCCUCCUCGGAGAAGAUAACCCGGCAUCGUACCCGCAGUAUAGCCACAAAGUCGCCUAUCGAGCACUCAUUCCCAUGGACAAGGUCUCCGCUGCCAUCGGCGAAUACAAGACCCACAAACAGCACAUGCACGUUGGACCAAACGCGCACUUGAUCCACUACCCUGUCAACACAAACACCAUCGGCGCAACCGUGAUUAUCUCCGACCCCAACGACUGGCCGCUCGACAAGCCCACCACCGCCCGUGGAUCCCGCAAGGACGUGUUGGAAGCUCUCGCAAACUGGAGUCUCCCCGUACGCAAUCUGGUAAAUUUAUUCCCCGAAGAGCUCGAUCAAUGGGCACUGUUUGAUCUGGCCGAAUACCCCGUGCCGAAAUACAACAAAGGUCGUGUUUGUCUCGUGGGGGAUGCAGCGCACGCAUCCAGUCCACACCAUGGGGCCGGAGCGUCCUUUGGAGUGGAAGAUGUGUUGUGUCUGUGUACGAUGAUCCCGGAGCAGACAGGUCAGUUCAGUUGGGAGCGGAAGGUGUCGAAAGGCGAUGCACUGCGUGCUGCCUUUGAGACAUAUGACAAGAUGCGACGAACACGGACGCAGUGGCUUGUGAAUAGCAGUCGGCGGGUAUGCGAUCUGUUCCAGCAGCCUGACUGGGCAGAUCCUGCUAAGAGAGUGAAAGCAGAAUCGUGCUUUGAGGAAGUUAAGGAUCGAUCCUUCCAGAUCUGGCACUUUGAUUCUGGGAAGAUGGAGGAGGACACUAUCCGAGAUUAUAAGGAGAGAGUCGGGAUGUGGGGGAAGACAAAGGAGGCAAACGGAGUCAAUGGCAAAGCUAUCUUAGAUACGUCUUUGGAGCCUGAGUGGCUUUUUUCGGCUUAA